AUGGUUGCCCAUAUAGUAGGUUUGAAUUUCAGCACCAUCGACAACUUCCUCCCCAACCUAAGCAACAAUGCCAGCGUACAGGACAACUUGGUGCCCCAGGACACCUCUGGUCUAAGUAGGACUGGCCACACGGUGGUGGCAAUAUGCCUUGGUCUCAUUUUAGUCUUUGGAAUAGUUAACAAUUUUCUAGUCAUGAUUAUCUUUGCAAAGUUUCGGUCGCUAUGGACGCCUAUAAACCUAAUCUUGUUGAACAUCAACUUUAGCGACAUUCUCGUCUGUAUUUUCGGCACUCCGUUUAGUUUCGCUGCGAGUCUUAGAGGGAGAUGGCUUAUUGGACCCUACGGCUGCAAAUGGUAUGGCUUCGCCAAUUCGCUUUUCGGCAUCGUGUCCCUGGUGUCGCUUGCCAUGUUGUCGUACGAGCGCUACGCCACCGUGCUGCGCUGCACCAAGGCCGAUCAGUCCGACUUCCGCAAGGCCUGGCUGUGUGUGGCCGGCUCCUGGCUCUAUUCCCUGCUGUGGACCGUGCCGCCGUUCCUGGGCUGGAGCAGCUAUGGCCUGGAGGGCGCCGGUACGUCCUGCUCGGUAGAGUGGCACCAGCGCUCGCCAGCCAGUGUCUCCUACGUGGUGUGCCUCUUCAUCUUCUGCCUCCUGUUGCCACUCCUGCUCAUGGUCUACUCCUACAGCCGCAUCCUGGUGGCCAUCCGGGGGGUAACGAGGAUCAACCUGCCGUCGGCCCAGCGACGUGAGCAGCACAUCCUGCUGAUGGUUCUGUCCAUGGUGUCUGGCUACCUGCUGUGCUGGAUGCCCUACGGCAUCAUGGCCCUGCUGGCUACCUUCGGCAGGUCGGACCUGGUCACCCCUGUGGCCAGCGUGGUUCCUGCCAUCCUGGCCAAGACCAGUACCGUCAUCAACCCCAUCAUCUACGUGCUCUUCAACAACCAGUUCUACAGAUGCUUCUUGGCAUUUAUAAGAUGCAGCGGAGAGCCGAAGCCUGUCAGCGGCUUCAACACCCAACAGAGCAGCAAGGAGGAGCACCCCACCCCCCUGACCCCUUUCUCACGCUCAUCCCUGACCCACAAGCACCCGUCACAAGGCUCCCCGCGUGCCCACAGCCUCAGGAGCCCCAGGAAGCCCCCGUAUCCCCUUAGGAGAGAGCACCGCACCCUGUCCUUGGUGGUCCACUACAACCCCUGAGAGUUUCUCCUGCCCUUGGGGAAGCGCUACCUCAAGUGGCACAGAGUAUUGUGAGACUCAUUUGCAGAUUGAGACUAGAUGGGUGCUUGACUACCCCCUAAUGGCCUUCUGUCAGCCCUUCUUAACCAGACAUCCCAGGGUCCUAAUGUGCCAUUUUUAGUUUUGUUGAAGACAAUGUCAGUCUAAACCUUUUAAUGUCAGACACCAGUCCACCCCAGCUGGUAGCCUUUUGAUACAGCAUUGUAACCGACUGAGGGUUCUGUUAGUGCCAUCUUGUUUAUGCUCUUUUUUUAUCUUGACGUGUCUUUGCUGGCCAGUGUAAGUGGCUUGCUGGGUGUAAUUGUAUUAAAUACUGGCUUAGACUUAGGUUGGAGUCUUUGAUAUAUGUAAAAAUGUUGCAUCCAGUUUUAUAUUGGGCUAAUAUACAAUACAUCUCAUGUGCAAACCUUAGCUAUUUUUGUUCCUGUUUUCAUAUUGUCAUUGAUAAGCCAGGCUCUUACCCUUUUCCACUAGAUUCGCAGUUUUACCACUAGAGGAAGCCAUUAGCCAUGAAACUGAUAGCCAAUCAAAUCUGCUUCUAUAGUUUGCUACCCAUGUAUUGCCUUUGGAGUUGUAAAUCUGUUGAGCAAUGUUGUCAGACCGCAUGUUAAAAAAAUGGUGACAGAAAUGUUGCUUGUUGAUGUACUAUGCUUAUCACAGUAGAAGGGAUUUAUAUCAUAAGGGAUUGGUUUUCAUAAUUGUUUGUUGGUAACAGGCUGACAGCAAAAACAAAACCUUGUGCCAUUUCUUCUGCCAGUACUAAUAUACAUUUUUGGAAUCCAAUUAAAAUUCAAAGUGUUCAGAUUUUAUGGAACCUGCCUAAAUUGAAUAAUGGAAAAUGACAACUUUCCAUUUGCUGAAAAUCUUGUACUUCCCUUUGUCUUUCCUGUUCUCUGAUUCACAUCACAAUUAUUCCUUUUAUUACUGAGAAAGUGUACUGUGAAUGUGUGUUAACAUAUUCCUCAUCCCUUCUCAUGAAGGGAUCUAUACAAAUUGUAUUUAUAUUGAUCCAAUUGGAGUAUACGUGCCAUGACACUAGCAGUCAGUGACCCUGAACACUCCUACAGUCUUCCUAACCCCAUUGCAUCUCCCUUGCAAAGAGAUGGUGUACAAAUC